AUGGCGCCACCAUGGGUCAUCUUCGACAACAAAGCCUGGUACGACGGCGACUGCGCCAACGGCUCUGAGCCCGACAUCGCAGGUGUCGGCGUCGUGAUUUCGUUCGUGCUAGCCAGCGCCAUGACGACCGCUGCUUCGGUCCUGGCCAUGAUACUCGAUAACGCUUACGACUCCAAGGGCCAGUUCCGGCUACACGCGCCGAUCACGUAUAUACGCGAGAGGCUCCUGGAUACCGAAUGGAAGAAGGAGUAUGCGUGGCGGCCAUUUCUGGAUCCACUGGUCAUUGGCUUUGGAGACCAGCAGCUGGUGACUGGCUAUGCUGUUCUGCUCAGCGCCUGGAUCAAAGUUGUGCAAAACUCCUUCGAAGUCCAGGGCGCGCACUUCGUCCUCGUGCUCUACAUCUGCGGCCUGUCCUCAUCGUCGCACCUUGCCGCACUCAUCACCCUACGCAAGUACUUCCGUAAGUAUAAGCUCAUCGCCAGAAUCCGCCUCACACUUGUUGUCUUCUUCGCUACCUGCCUCUUCGCAUCCAUGAUCGCUGCAAUCGGUAUGUCGCCCACGAGCAGUCGAGCCCAGCGCCUCGCGCUCCUAGUACCUAUGCUAUUCAUUCUCGUUGGCUUCUCGACGGCACUCGUGUGCGUCCUGUACGAUCCUGACCGCAAGAGCGCGGCAUCCAAAGCUGCAUCAGAUUCCGGCGGCUCGAUAGUGCACCUCGUACGCCAUCUCACUGACCAGAAAACCCCCGCACCCUCGUGCGCACCCCAUCUGAUGCUCCUCCCGGCGCACUUUGGCCUGCGGCUGAUCUACUUCCUCUUCCUCAACCCGCUGAUCGCCUUCGUGGUCCAAAUUUUGCUCGCAAUCCUCUCAGCUGUCCUCGUUCUGACGCAGAAAUUCGCGCAACCGGAUGAUCGACGGGGCUUUUGUGGUCUACAAGACGAAGGCGAGAACGUGUGGGGCUUUGGGCAGACGCUGAGCGUAGCCAUGCUGCUCCUCCCGGUGCUGAGCGCGUGCCACACGUAUCUUGAAGGAUGGCAGGAUAUCCGCAAGGGCUGA